CUGGGUCAAUAUGGCGGAGUGGUCAGUUGGGAGUGACGCAGACCUUGUGGCCCAUGGUAUCUUGCCGCUUCUCCUGUCUUAGGUAGCCAUGGACAGCUGUGGCGGGUGUGGUCCUGGUGAUGAAGGAGAAAGACUAGAGGAUCUAGGUAAAAAACAGGAUCUCUCAUCUUCAACCACCAAGCUCUCCCAGCCACCCAUGGAGAGAGACAGGGCCAGAACUUCUUCAGAUAAAUUACUUGCUGGAGCAGGAGACCGAUGGAGUCAAGAGGAGAAUAAUGCAGUAACUCCACGUGAAGUAUUGAGACCAUCUCAUACACUCCCCAUCACAAAUGGAGUGGUAACAGUUAAUGGCAUUCACAAGGCACAAUCAGGACACACUGUUCAAACUAGUGGAGUCAGUACACAGUCAAGUGAAAGACAUAGUGAGCAAUCCCUCCUCAACAAUAAUCUGAUUGAGGAAAAGUGUAAUCUUAGGUGUGCUGAUGAAAAAUCUUAUUGCCUCUAUCAUAAGUUUCCAGCCAAAGUGAACAAUAAUGUGUAUCCUGAGAAGGGUACUUCUGUUAAGGAUGGUAUGGAUGAAUACUUCCAAAUGUAUGCAUCCAUCAACUCUAGCAAACAGCUGCCACAGCAGCAGCCCAUAGUAAGGUGCAACGAGCUGAGCCCGAGUAGGGAUCCUCCAAGGUACCCUGAUCAACUCAAUCUUCUCAAUGGUGAAGAGGAAGAUGAAGAUGAUGGCUGUAUUUAUACAUACAAGGGAGAGAAUUUUGAGGCCAAUCUGUCACAUCUCAUUGAUAUGUGCCUGAGCUGUGGUUUACCAAAUACAGAGCGAGGUGUUGAUGAUCGUGGAGCAAUGGUGCAUAGGUUACGUUCUACAAGACCUGAUCCACCAGAGCAGAAUAACUUAUUCUCUCCUGAUAUGGAUUUUUUAGAAAUGGAUUUUGACCCAGGGCCCAAUGGUGAUGGGGAUGUAGAUUCUGACUGUGAAGAUAAUUGUGUUGAUGAGUGUGAUAGUAGAUUAUUAAAUAGAGAACAUGCUACUGCCUUUAGUGUUGCUGGUGCUUUGAAUCCUAUAAGUGUUUUAGAUAGAAAAGCUAAUAAUUAUUGUUCGGAAAUGAGAAAUCUUAUGUGUAAACGGUGUGAAUCUAGUAUAUGUGAUGGUAAAAUUGACAAUGUGGCCUUGAAUUUGAGUGUACAUGAAAAUCACUCUACACUAAAUAUUGGAAGAGGUCCAAGUGCUGGUUUGGAUGACAGACCAAGUGCAAGAAGUAGUCCGUUAAAUGUGCCAAGAGAUGGAAUGAAUCUCCCAAAAGACUUAAAUGUAGAAUUAAAUGAAUUCUGUGAUGUGCAAAAUAAGGCAAUAGAUGGGCCUACUCCUCAAGCAGAUGAUGAUGAAUAUGACCCACCUGAUAAUGACAGUGUCGAAAAUAAUUUGGGUGAUGUAGAUAUAAUGGAUAUGAUUGAUGAUUUUUGUGAAGAUGCUGAUGAUGAAGAUGGAGAUGACAGUAAUUCUGAGAGAUAUGAUUUAGGUGCCAGAUUCUCACGACCCAGUGGUGGCAGUGAAGCAGCAGUACGAGAAAGAGAAGAUCGAGGAUCAGGACAUAUUAGCUCAGGCAAAUACAUCAAUAAGACGACCAAUAAAACAAAUAAUAACAAUCUCGGUUCAGUUUCUGCACCAGAAGUCAGCCCUGCCAAAGAAUACAGUCCACUAGAAAAGUUUGGUCGCAGCAUCAGCUUCCACAACCAACUUUCCAGUCCCAAGUAUGAGAAUGUUUGUUUUUCUCACAGACCAAAGAAGGAAGAGCAGCUUUGUGAUGCUCAGACAGAGACUGCAAUUCCAACUGAAGUUGAAAGUGCUAACUUAGAGGCGUGUGCAGGCAGGCUUCACCGAAGGGAAAAUUCAGUCUUCAAUAUCCUCUCUGAUCCAGCAACUUCACAGAGCGGAAGUUCAGGCUGCCGUGGAGUAGCGUCAGGUACCAGUGUAGAAAGCACUUUAGUAUCUGUGGGCCAACACACUAGUAUGAUAUCUACUCAAGCAGCACCCUCUGCAGCUAGCCAUCCUUCAGGCCAUACAAGCAUGCCACCAAUGACUGGCCUUCUGAUGACUACAACAGGAAAUACCACCUGUACUGUGAUAGCUGGUGGAGGUCCCUGUCCACUUCCUGUCAAGUCCUUACGCCCUAAGAACACAAAUCCAACACAGGAUCCAAAUACGGCAAGUGAAGGUGAAGGUGGGGGAGAGGAGAGUUGCCCAAGAGUAAAGAAGGUAAUGAUCUGGACAGAGCUACAAGCCUCGGCACGUCAAGUCACACAGAUUGCUACCUCAGCUUGUGGUGCCACUGCAAUCAUCAAUGUCUUGUUGGCUUUAGACUACCCUAACACUGUGGAGGAGGUUCAGAAGAGUAUUCAAACACGGUUACGAGCGGAGAUCGCCCCUGUUGUAAAUUAUCUAUUUUCUCGUUCUGUUGCUGGCACCUCUCACAGAGAUUUAAUAAACGGAGUUACUCAGCUCUCACAAGGUGCCAUUAAAGCCAAGUUCUUCCAUAUGUUUCCCAAGCGUGCUGUGCAACUCUCUCGCUGGCUUGCCCAUUGGAUUAGUAGAGGUGGUGUUCCUCUUGCCACUUUAAACCUUCAAGUGGGUGUUCCUCCAGGGCAAACAAUCCCGGAUGCCUGGCACCAUCAGAUGAUCUUUGGUGUUGGUCCCCAAGGAAUAUACCUAACUAAUCCACUUGAGUGUGUAUCUGAUUGUCUACUUGGAGAUCAGCUAUGCACAGACUCAGUGUUGUUGGUACGAAGAGCAGAUGUAGUGGGCAGAUGGGGCCAAGGAGAUAGACUCAUCAGAUUGACGCAGCACCCCGAUACAAGAUGGCGGGACAUGAAUGUUUUAGGUCAGGUAGUUGGGGUACUGAAGGAGCAGGCUGCACCUCCAGUGGUUCAAGGACGGAGGCAUUUGACAUCUCAUGUGGCCAUCCCUGCAGCUUACCAAUCUGGGGUGACAAUUUUCAUGCGAUCAGAUAACCCACAACUCCACACUUUGAUGCAAGCAGAAGAACUACCCUUGUUGGAAUGAGAGAUUGUUUGACAUCAUUUUAACUCUACAGAAUGUGUUUUGAUCAGUAAAAGGGUUAAACUGAAGGAACCGUCUUUGUUACAAGUUACACUUUACUCUUCUGCUUAAUGAUGCAGACGAGUGAGCUCUACUUGGUGCAGUGAUGAGCUUUUGUGAUAGCAAACAUUGUUCCUCUUAGAAUCACCAGGAUUGUUUUACAUUAACUCAUGGUUGGUUCUUUUAUGCACUUUACAUGAUUUAUUGCCUUUUUACCUUGAAAAUAUAAUGUCUUAGGAUUUUUUUUAA